AGCGCAAGAUGGCGGCGGGCGCGUCGGACCCACUGGAGGAGAUGCUGCUCUUCUCCGAGGAGGUGGACGAGAAGGCGCUCAGUGACCUGGUGGGAUCCCUGGAAUCGCAGCUGGCCGGCGGCCGCGGCCCCGCCGAGCCGCCCCCGCCCAGGACCUCCGCCCCGUCCCAGCAGCCGCAGCAGGGGAGCCUGGCGGGGGGCAGCAGCCCCGGCCGGCAGCAGCACGGCCGCCCCGCGCCCCCUCCCGCGCUCGGGGCAGGGGAGGCGGCGGGGCGCCCCGGCAGCGCGGGGAGCCGAGCCCCCGCCCAGGGGCCUCUCCCGUCCCCGUCUCCCCCGGCAGCGGCGGCAGCGGCGGCGGGGAGGGGAGCGAGUGUAAACAGUAGUAGUGUGCAGCAAUCACAUGGAGCGGCUCCCGGCGGCGGCAGCCCCGCCGCUCCCGCCCCGCCGCAGCCCGCCGCCCCUGCCCAGCCUGUCAACAACCAUGUGGCCGCUGCAGCUGCCGCCGCGCGGGACGCGGGGAGCCCUGGCCCCGGCCCCAGCCCGCCCGCCGCCGACGGCGCGCCCGGGGCCGCGGGGGGCGGCGGAGCGGCGGGAGCGGCCGAGGGCGCCGCCGCUGCCCCCGCGCCGCGCCCCGGCCAGGCGGCGCCCAACGGGGAGGGCGCGGGGGCCCGGCCGGCCGCGGUGCCGCCCGUCAGCGGGCACGGCGGGGCCGCCGCCGCGCAGCCCCAGCCCGCGCCCGGCGCGCUGCCCGCGGUCACCGCGCUCGGCGCCUCCGCCAGCCCCGCGCCCGCACCGCCGGCCCCGGGCUCGGCCCCGCCGGCCCCCGCGGCUCCCGCCGCGCCCAAGCCCGCGGUCACCGCCAAGGCGGGCGCUGCCCUGCCCGCCGCCCCCCAGGCCGUGUCGCCGCGGCCGGCGCUGGGCGCUGCCCCCCGGAUCGUGGCCCCGCAGCUGAUCGUGCGGCCGCCGCCGCAGACCACCAUCCAGCUGCCGCCCGGCUUCACCAUCCCGCCCGGGAUGGUCCUGGUGCGCACGGAUGCCGGGCAGCUCGUGAUGGUGCCCCAGCAGGCUCUGGCACAGGCUCAGAUGCAGGCCCAGGUGCAGACACAGGGACAGGGUCCUGCCAACAUGUCACCCAGGCUUUCUGUGCCCACAGCUGGCCCUGUUUUCCGCCUGUCAACAGCUCAGCAGCCAACAUCCGUGGGCACCUCCAGCGUCCGCCUGGGGCUCCCGGUGCAAGCCAAGGUGGUGCCAUCGACGGCAGCGCCCGCCAGCGCCACGGCCACGCUGCCAGGAGGGGCUGUGCUGUCCCACACCACGGUAUCGGUAGCUACGACGAGCGCUCCAAACCUGUUCAAGACGACGGUGGCGAGUGGAGCUGCAGCCUCGCAGCAGCCUGCAGUGCUCAGCAGUGCCCAGAGCCAGGGCUCGGGGCAGCCCCCGGGGCAGCCGCGGCUGCCGCUGCCCCCUCCCACGGCAGCGCAGGUGCCAGCCCAGCCCCUGGUCAUCCCCAGCUCUCCUGUGCCUGGAACCACCGUGGUGUCACAGGAAAUGCAAGAGAAUGUGAAAAAAUGUAAAAACUUUUUAGCUACCCUUAUAAAACUUGCUUCUCAUAAUUCACCGUCUCCUGAAACGUCCCGCAAUGUGAAAGCUCUGGUUCAAGAUUUGUUGGAUGCAAAGAUUGAUCCAGAAGAAUUUACAGGCCGCCUUCAAACAGAACUCAAAUCAUCUCCUCAGCCAUAUCUUGUACCUUUCCUCAAGAAAAGUCUACCUGCACUGAGACAAUCUUUACUGAACAGUCAGCAUUUGGUUUUGCAAGGCCAGCCGUCUCAGCAGGCACUCCCACAGACCAAGCUCUCUCAAGUGAUACCUCAGUCUGCCUCGGGAAUCUCCUCUGUUGUCACCACACAGACAAUAGGAAUAAGGCAACCAAACAACAUUUGCACAGUCUCUGUAUCAAAUACAGUGCAGCCUCCUCAGGUUAAGGUGGUACAGUCAAAUCAGAGUUCUCAACUGCAGAUUAUCCAGUCAACAUCUGCUCAAACUGUGAAACGAACCCCUGCUUGCCAGACUACCCAGAUUAGGAUGCCAGUGGUAAUAACUCAGACCAUUAGACCACAAGGCACAGUAGGGAAGGCACCAACAAUACAAGCCAGUAAAAGUCCUGGGGGCUUUGGUGUUCAGGUCUCUGCAAAUCAGAAAAACAAGCUGAAUGACCCUGGAGGUGGUUCUUUCAGAGAUGAUGAUGACAUCAAUGAUGUUGCCUCUAUGGCUGGUGUUAACCUUAAUGAAGAAAGUGCCCGAAUUCUGGCCACCAACUCUGACUUGGUUGGAACCCAGAUGCAGUCCUGUAAAGAUGAACCCUUUCUUGCUGCUGUACCUCUCCAUAAACGCAUACUUGAAACGGCUAAAAAACUAGGAAUUACUGAUGUGCCAGCUGAGGUGGUUACUUUUAUUUCCCAUGCCACACAGAGCAGAUUAAGGACAGUGAUAGAGAAGGUGACAGUGAUAACCCAGCACCGGAUGGAGUCGUACAAAGAUGAUGAGUGGUACGAACAAGCCACAGAUGUCCGAUCCCAGCUGAAGUUCUUUGAGCAGUUGGAGCGUUUGGAAAAGCAAAGGAAAGAUGAACAAGAGAGGGAAAUUUUGCUGAAGGCUGCCAAGAGUCGCUCAAGGCAAGAAGACCCAGAGCAAGCUAGACUGAAACAAAAAGCAAAGGAGAUGCAGCAGCAGGAGCUUGCCCAGAUGAGGCAGAGGGAUGCCAACCUGACGGCGCUGGCAGCCAUCGGCCCCCGCAAGAAAAGGAAGCUGGAUGCUCCUGGCCUGCUCACCAUAGGAGGAGAGGGCGUGGGGCUGUGCGGGGGCAGCCAGGCGGGGCUGGGCACGGGCUCCCCCCGGCAGUACCCCCGGCAGAAAAUCACUCGAGUCAACCUCAGGGACUUCAUCUUCUACAUGGAACAGGAGCGGGAAAUGAGCCAUUCGCUCCUGCUCUACCGAGCUCUGCUUAAAUAAAGCCAACAGUCCUACUGAGUGCUCCACAGAAGCUCAACUUGCUUUGAAAGCUGUCAUUUUAAUGUGCCUUCUAUUUUUUUCAGAAGUCAAUGUUCCAGUAAUUUUGUUUUGUAAAAUUGUCAGACACAUGCAAUAAAUUCCCUUU